CUAUAUCUACUUCUGCUGGUACUACACAGACAUAAUUUCAGCAUAAUUAGUAAUCAUUCCACUUAACUGGAAGUGAGUUGAGAGUAGGUUUCAGUCCUGUAAUCAAAAACCAAUCACAUGAAUAAUAAAUAGCAGAACUAGAUCUGUUCCAUAAACAGAGCAUAGGGAUUGAUUUUGUUUAUGUUCGUGCAUAUGGAAGAAGGAAAAUAUAGCUCCAUAACUUAUUAAGUUGUUCUUGUUUUCCAGAGAUAGGAUUAAAAAUAUGUCCCUCGAUGUCGCCUCAUGACCAUGAUGAUGUCAUCAUGACAUUCUGUAUUUGUUGUCUGUUACAUACAAAUGUUUAAAUAUACACUUAAAGGUGACAUCACAUUGCCAUUUAAGACGUUAUCAUGACAUAACUUUGUCUGGGGUCAUUUAACAUUCGGGGCUUUUUUUUUUGCCAUAGUUUGAAAUCUAUGAAUUUAUGUCAUAUUUUGCUAGAAGAAAAUCAUAACUGUUUCGCUACUCCGAAUCGGAGUCGUCUUCCAAUAGUUCAUAUGGUUGGCAUAAUUAGAUGCCGAAACAAACGAUCUGGACCCAUUUCCAAUGCAGACUAAAUGUGACUUUUCUUUUCGUAAUCGUAAGACAGGUGCAGCGUGCAAAUUCCUUGCGCGCUUUGUUACGUAACUCUUUGUGAAGCCGUUUCUUAAAAACGCCUAGUUGCCUAUUCAACUUCAUUCUCGGUCGAGCAACCUUAUCUCGCAAUGUCUUAUCCGUGCAAUAUGAAUCCUAAUCUUGAUAAUCAAGAGAUACUAUCGGCCAUCAUAUCGCUGGCUAACUCGAUAGACAAUAAAGAAGAUUCAGCCUUUAAGAGGCAGCGUACCCUCGCCGACAGUCCACCAGACUUUAAAAGUGACGGUAACAAGGACCAGUAUCGCAACGAAUAAAAGCCCUCCAGCCUAAUUGACUCGGCCUUAGCAUCGUUAGACGCUGGAGAUGUCAACGCAGCCAGAGAGGCCCUCAAACAAGCCAGCACAGAAAUCAAACAGCGGCAGAAGCUGAUCAAGUUGGCCGAUCGUUUCUUUACAAGGUCUGGCCACGGUUAAAGAAUACGUCACCGACAAUUUAGCAGACGACUCGGAUGAUGAGAAAGGACUCAGAAAGGCGGAGAAAAUGGCGACCAGCAAGAAAUCCGAACCGCUAAGAAGUCCAAGACCAAGGCUCGCAAUCUUGUACGUCCUUACCCUGCUGCGAGUUCGUUUCGUCCCUACAGCCGGUACACCUAUCGUCAAUAUGUCCUGUUUCCAGUGCGGAAUCGUAGGACAUGUCCGCUCCAACUGCCCCUCUCUACGGGUCCUCCGACAGCUUCAGCGCCGGUCACAACCUUCAGUCAUUGAUACCACCACAGCAUAGUGACUGGGAAGAGAAGGAAUCAACUACUCCUGUCCCAUCCGGUGUAAAGGAUAUUUGGAACAGAAUUUCUCACGGCAUUGACGACCCGGAAAUGCAACUAUUGGCCAGACAUCACUUGCCUGCACUACUCCUCUCAGCGAAAGCUCCAUCCACUACCAAAGCAUACAGUUCAGCAUGGCACCGUUGGGAAGCCUUGGCGUCAUCCAAAACCGAAGUUACCGUCUUCCCAGCUCGACCCAUCGAUUUCUGCUUGUACUUCUCAUCGCUGCUCCCAAGCAAGCACAAGUCUACCACCAAUUCCACGGCAGCCGCUGUCAAAUGGGUCCACAGUCUAGCCGGUCUUCCAUCGCCCACCGACGACCCUCUCGUUAAGAUGGCACUUCAAGGUUAUAGACAUUCUCUGGCUUCAACCCCCCAAUCGGAAAGAACCUGUUUUAGAACCUAUUUAUUUGUUUCUUCUGCUAUGCUGGAUUUCUUCGUUUCAGCGAUCUCAAUAACGUCCGGCGUGUAGACUGUAAAACACCAACUUCUACAUGCCCAGUCAAAAUUGCUGAGAGGUAUUUCUCUGCCAUAGGUGACCCGGUAGAUUCAUCACUGUCAGUCGUACAUCGAAUAACAAGUUCAGCUAAAGGCUUGAUGGCCACCGUUCACAGCUUAAGCUACACUAGGACCCGCAAAAUUGUUUUACAAGCACUUCGCCCCUUUGUUCCUGAUAUCAGCAAAUUCGGACUCCAUAGUCUCAGAUCCGGAGGCGCUUCGGCAGCUUCGGCAGCUUUCGAACGCUCUGGUGCCAUCCCAUCUCAUUUUCAAACACGGCAGAUGGUCCUCCGAAAAAAACAAGGAAUGCAUAUAUUGAGGUAGAUGAGAACACUAGUUUAAUUCCAUCUACGGUUUUGGGAUUUAGCAACAGUACAUGUUCGAACAUUACCUAAUCCUUGUUACCAUUUUUGGGAUACUUGACACGAUUUUGUAUUAUGAACAGUUUAUUUAACCUGUCUGCUCAAGUCAUUGUUGGAAAAACAAUAGAUGACUUGUACUUUUGAUA